GAUCUCCGAAAACUCUCAGAAAAGAAAGAUCGCAUUUUUAAAGCAGAGAAUCUCUUAAAUCAAAACCGGAGGAGCUCGCUUUUGAACCCGAAUUCGUCUUCAAUGGCCUCCGCUUCUGCAAUCUCUUCACCAACUAUCGUCCACAGCGAGCGCAGAGCAGGGCGGCAGAUUGGGACUGUGAAGCUGUUUGAGAUAGUUGCGGCGCCUGCAGAUGCGAGGAUUGGCCGGAGAAGGUGGGCUGCGCCGCCGGUGCUUGCGGCGGGACCUCCGAGAAAGAGGGAAUCUGUGGCAGCAACUGUGACUGAUGCGCCGGCGGUGGUGGAGAAGGUGAUCGGAGAGGUUAACUAUGAGGAGCUUGCGAAGGAGAUGGAGCAUGCUUCGCCGCUAGCUAUCAUGGACAGAGCUCUCCAGAUGUUUGGGAAUGAUAUCGCGAUUGCCUUUAGUGGUGCAGAGGAUGUGGCUUUGAUAGAAUAUGCUCGUCUCACCGGCCGGCCCUUUCGGGUUUUCAGCCUCGACACCGGUCGGCUGAAUCCGGAGACGUACCAGUUCUUCGAUGCCGUCGAGAAACACUACGGCAUUCGCAUAGAAUACAUGUUCCCCGACGCCAUUGAAGUUCAGGCUCUCGUGAGGAGCAAAGGAUUGUUCUCUUUCUACGAGGAUGGGCACCAGGAGUGUUGCAGGGUGAGAAAGGUGAGACCUUUGAGGAGAGCUCUUAAAGGUUUCAGAGCAUGGAUUACUGGGCAGAGAAAAGAUCAAUCACCUGGCACCAGAGCUAAUAUACCUGUUGUUCAGGUUGAUCUUUCUUUUGAAGGCUUGGAUGGAGGUGCAGGCAGCUUAAUAAAGUGGAACCCAGUUGCGAAUGUGGAAGGCAAAGAUAUCUGGAACUUCCUUAGAACCAUGGAUGUUCCUGUAAACCCCCUCCAUUCUCAGGGCUAUGUAUCCAUCGGCUGUGAGCCCUGCACUAGACCCGUUUUGCCUGGCCAGCACGAAAGAGAAGGAAGAUGGUGGUGGGAGGACGCGAAGGCGAAGGAAUGUGGCCUUCACAAAGCCAACAUCACUCAUGAUGUUGGCAAUGGAAAGGGAACUGUGGCUGUCAAUGGUGUGAGCCAUAGUGCAGAUAUUUUCAACACCAGAGCCAUUGUUGGCCUCACAAGGACUGGAAUUGAGAAUCUGCUGAAGCUGGAGAACAGGAAGGAGCCAUGGCUGGUUGUUCUCUACGCCCCCUGGUGCCAGUUCUGCCAGGCCAUGGAAUCCUCAUAUGUUGAACUCGCUGAGAAACUCCAUGGUACCGGAGUCAAGGUGGGGAAAUUCCGCGCCGAUGGGGAUCAAAAGCCUUUCGCCAAGGAGGAGCUUCAGCUAGGGAGCUUCCCCACCAUUCUCUUCUUCCCCAAACACACCUCAAGGCCGAUUAAGUAUCCAUCGGAGCGGCGGGACGUCGAUUCUCUGCUCAGUUUCAUCAAUGCUCUCAGGUGAGAUUAGGGUGUAUAGUUUAUAGUAUAGGUUCAAAGGUGAUGUUUUUCUGUGUUGUGGUGAGUUCCCCUUUGACUUCAGUUCUCUUCUUAACUGGAGAGACUUAUGGGUGGGUUUAGCUAUUGAUCAAAAUAAUCAUAAUUUUUGUAUUUAGGGAAUGAUCAGGCGAUCAUCCUUUUUUGUUCUGAACAUGAAUUAAAAGGCAAUUGCAGCAA